CCCAACAGAGAUAAGCCCAAAAAAGGUCACUCAGUUUAGCGGGUUGGCGCCUUUGCAGAAAACGAGCUCUGUUUCCUCAUAUCCUCUCUUUCCACCUAACCAGAAGAGUUUCUCUCUUUCUUCCUCACACACAACACACACUCGAGGGACACAGAGCUUUUUCCGCUCAUCCAUGGACGCCAAGCUGCAUUGAAGAAACCCUAAGUUGCAGGGAAAUUGAAAUACCGUCCAGUUUCCAUAUUUGGUAGCAGAUAACAUUGUGGACUGAUGGAGAUCUCGGAAGAAGCUGUGAUUGUAAAUUCUAGUAGACUGAAAUCUGUUGUGUGGAAUGAUUUUGACAGAGUUAAGAAAGGAGAGACGUUUGCAGCUAUAUGUCGGCACUGUAAAAGAAUACUUAGUGGGUCAAGUACUAGCGGAACAUCUCAUUUGAGAAAUCAUUUGAUCAGGUGUCGUAGAAGAUCAAACCAUGAUAUAACUCAAUUAUUAACAAGGGGAAAGAGGAAGCAAAGCACCCUUGCGCUUACCAGUUUCAGUUAUAAUCAAGCUCCGGUAAAGAAUGAGGUAGUUACUGUUGCGAGUACAAAUUUGGAACAAGGGCUAAAAGUUGGAAAUAUUAACACAGGCAGUGUCAAUUUUGAUUACAGGAGAAGUCAGCUAGAUCUGGCACGUAUGAUUAUAAUGCAUGGAUAUCCCCUGGGCAUGGUUGAUGAUAUUGGUUUCAAGACAUUUGUUCGAAACCUUCAGCCCUUGUUUGAUCUAGUAACAGUUAGUGAAGUUGAGGCUGACUGUGUGGAGAUCUAUAAAAAAGAGAAACAAAGAGUGUAUGAAGAGUUGGAUAAAUUGCCUGGAAAAGUCAGCCUUACUGUUGAUAGAUGGGCUACUAAUGGAGGCACAGAGUAUUUGUGCUUGAUAGCUCAUUAUAUUGAUGAUUCUUGGGAACUAAAGAAGAAGAUUUUGAACUUUUUGGUUGUUGAUCCUACUCAGGCAGAAGAGUCGCUUUCCGAAUUAGUCAUGACAAGUCUUAGGAAUUGGGAUAUCGAUAGGAAGUUGUUCUCAUUGACUAUUGACAAUCGUUCGACCUAUGACAAAAUUGUCUGUAGAAUCAGAGACCAACUGUGUCAGCACAGGUUCCUUAUGUGUGAAGGCCAAUUAUUUGAUGUGCGAUGUGCAGCAAGUACUGUUAAGUUAUUGGUCCAUGAUGUCCUGGAAACAUCAGGUGAGAUAAUCAAUAAAGUUCGUCAAACCAUAGGAUAUGUUAAAGGUUCUCAGGGAACACAAGAAAAGUUCAAUGAGAUAGUAAAAUUAGUUGGUGUUAAUUGGCAGAAGGGCUUGUUUGUUGAUAAUCCAUUUCGAUGGAACUCAACAUAUAUGAUGCUUGAAGCUGCGUUGGAGUACAAAGAAGCCUUCCCUCAACUGCAAGAACAUGAUCCUGGCUUCUCAAUGUGUCCAUCUGGUUUAGAUUGGGACAGAUUGAGGGCUAUUACCAGCAUCUUGAAGUUCUUUCAUGAAGUUUCUAAUGUCUUUGUGGGACGCAAGCAUAUUACUGCAAAUUCCUAUUUUGCUGAGAUUUGUGAUAUUCAUUUGCAGUUGAUUGAAUGGUGCCAGAAAUCAGAUGAUUUUAUUAGCUCUUUGGCAUUGAAAUUAAAAUCAAAAUUUGAUGAAUAUUGGAAGAAAUGCAGCUUGAUUAUGGCAAUUGCAGCCAUCUUAGAUCCACGGUUUAAGAUGAAACUGGUGGAAUAUUACUACCCACAAAUCUAUGGUGAUAGCGCUCCAGAUUGCAUAGACAUUGUCUCCAAUUGUAUGAGAGCUCUUUACAGCGGUCAUGCUAUCUAUUCACCAUUAGCUGCUCAUGGUCAAAGCUCAGCUUCUGAAAGUAGUGGUAGUACUGUUAAGGAUAGACUUACUGGGUUUGACAGAUUCCUCCAUGAAACUUCACUUAGCCAAAACACAAAAUCAGACUUAGACAAGUAUUUGGAAGAACCGUUCUUCCCCCGCAGUGUUGAUUUUAGUAUAUUAAACUGGUGGAAAGUUCACGAACCAAGAUACCCUGUGCUUUCCAUGAUGGCCCGCAACAUAUUGGGGAUUCCAAUUUCAAAAGUUGCACAGGAAUCCCUGUUUGAUACUGGAGAUAGGGCCCUUGAUCAUUGUUGGAGCUCACUGAAAUCAGAUACUUUACAAGCUUUGAUGUGUUCUCAGGAUUGGAUGCGCAAUGAAUUAGAAGUAAUGGAUUCCAAAAGUUCUGGAACUCCUGUUUUUGCCUUGCGCUAUGAUGCAAAUUAGCAAAUCCUGCCCAAUUUUUUAGGAUGAGGUUUGGAAUUAAGGCCCUCAAGCGUAAUUCCUUGAGUGCCUGCCAUUUUGCUCACGAAGAGAGAGGCUAUCUGUAGUUCAAACCAAGCACAUCAAAGAUUUUCAACAAGCUUGGGGGCAGUUGCUGUUGGUGACUGGUGAUCAAGGUGUGAGACAUAGAUUAAUGUGCUUUUCUGUUAAUUUAUCUGCCUAUCAUGGAGAAGAAGAAAAGUUAAGAAACAGUCGAGACUAAAAAAUUCAAUUCAUCCAAUGCAACACUUAACGAACGUCUGUUUAAAUUUCAGCUAUUCCUAACCCCUGUUAGAUGAAUCUGGCAUGAGAUGCAUCGAACAGAUGGUAUAGGUUUUUUACGAUAAGGUUAGAUAAGGUGGAUGCCAAUAUUUGUCCAAGCUUUGUCAUUUUGCCAAUAACUAGUGCAUAGUUGCAGGAAAUUUUAAUUUAAUACUGACAUUUUUAGGUUACAUUGAACCUAGAAGUGAAAUUAUAUAUUUCCUUCUCCAUGUCAAAACUAACCUUAUUGUUGAAUGCAUAUGUUAGUCAGUUUUGUAAGCUUGAGCAAUCUGAAGUCAGUUGUUUUCCUCUCUUUGACUUGAUUAUAUGUACGAGGAAAUUAAUGAAAAGUGAUUGUUUGUGCGUGUAAAUGAUCGUCAUGAUUGUAAUGCACGAUGUCAAUUUGUAACAAGCUAUGCUGUUUGGAUUGCUGCAUUUGUUUAUCAAAGGUUCUGAACUUAAAAACAAGUGAAAAUUCCAUGAAAAAAUAGGGAAAAACUAUACUUGAGAUGUUCUAUUAUGAGAAUGGAUAAUUUGUGUCUUGCAUGUCAGAAGGACUAAAUUGAAAAUGAAGAUUAGGUAGCAUGGUGCAAAAAUAGGUGAGGCAGACAUCCUCUCUACUCACCUGGCACACCCCACCUCUAUUGCUUAAGCAUUAUUGAAAGUGGGGAUGGGCCUAACAAUGUGGUACAGUGAGUGGGGACCUAUCCAGUCCAUUGUUGUCAUAUCUGUCUAUCUAUCCUCAUAACUCUCUUUGCUUCUCUAUCUGUUUACAUCAUCCACUGGAGUACUAUGUUUUUGCAUAAUUUGGAUGGUCCACUACUCUUAAAACUUCAAACUCAUGGAUGUUGAUUAUGCCAGAAUCAUCUCGGCCUUCUGGCCCUUGUCCAGUGCGAAAGUAGCAGUUAGCACUCCUUUUCUUCUGUAUCAGUCGUCCCCAUUUUUGACUUUUACUAAUGCUUUCUGUGACCCUUAUGUAUACUGCGUUAUUCACAUGUAAUCUUCACAAAUCAUAUUCGUCU